UGUGGUUCUGUAAUGGCGAAUGGUCGCGUGUUUAAUUUUGUAUUGCGGUUUAAUUAUAUUAAUUGAUCUACUGUCUCCAGAGUAGUUGUCCCUGCCUAGUGUCCAUUUAAUAAAGUGUAUUUGCCCGAGUUAAUACAAUGUCGUCCGAUAACAUUGAAAAACUGUAUCAAAAUUACGGUAUAUUAGCUGAUGCCAAAGAAGACAUCUCCAAACAUGAAAAGGAGUACACGGAAAUAUUGGCCGCUGUGAAAGGUUCAGAUAAGGAAAAAAGAUUAGCGUCUCAAUUCAUUGCGAAAUUCUUCAACAGCUUUCCUAACCUCGCAGAGCAAGCUAUAGAAGCUCAAUUUGAUCUCUGCGAAGACGAUGAUGUGGCCAUACGUAAACAAGCCAUUAAAGAUUUGCCGACCCUUUGUAAAGAUAAUAAGGAGCACACUCAAAGAAUCGCUGACAUCUUGGCACAACUGCUUCAAUCCGAUGAUGCUACUGAGAUCAAUAUUGUCCAUAAUUCUUUGGUCACAAUAGUAAAGAGUGACCCGAAAGGUGCCUUAGUGGGACUCUUUUCCCAAAUACAUCAGAAUACCGAGACAGAGGUGGUUAAUGAGAUUGUCCGAGAGAGAUGCAUCAAGUUUUUGGCCACGAAAGUCAAACAGCUUGGAAGGGAGAUUAUAAACAAGGAGGUUGAAGAAAUCAUUAUUACAGAGUGCAAGAAAAUACUUGAGGAUGUGGUGGCUGAAGAGUUUGAACACAUUAUGGAGCUCUUGACGUGGUCAAGGCUUGGUAAAACCCCAGCAGGCAAGAAGGAGCUGGUGCAGAUUGUGGCAGCACUGGCCUUCCCCGAUGAUUGGCACCCUGAAGAAACGGAACACAUUGAAAGAAUCAUACAAUGCACUCAACAUGCUUUGCCACUGUUUUCGCCCCAAGUGGAUUCCACACAGUUUGUGAACUUCUUCUGCGACUAUGUGCUACCAAAGUGGAAUGAAAUCGCUUCACCAGAAGGAGGUUCAGAUUACAAGCUGGAACUACUGAAGAUAUUCGCAGAAAUCACUGAACAUUGUGGAGAGUUGGAGAAGCCCCAGGAGAAGAUUGACAGAGUUUAUGAUUUACUUAUUAACUAUUUGCCCGAAGCGCCUGUUGAGGAGGAAAAUACUGAAAAAUCUGAGAAUUCAGAACCUAAACCUGAAGAAAGCAAGUCCACCCCGUCACUGCAGUUCUCUCACGUCGAGUGUGCCUUGUUCGCCCUUCACUCGCUCUGCCGGAAAGCACCGGAGGCCCUCAGUGCUGAUUCAGCAAGGCUGAAGGCGCUUCGACUGCGUCUACAGUAUACGGCACGGUUGACUCAAGGAUAUAUUAAAAAGCUGAAGGAAGUUACUAAGGAUAAGAAGGGAGAUGAAGCUAAUUCUGAAGAAAAUAAGCUCAAGGUUGUAGCGUUGAAGACGACGUCCAACAUCAAUACGUUGAUCCGCGAUAUAUUCCGGUCGCCGCCCAGUUUCAAGAGCAGAGUGCAGCUAUCAUUCUUGUCUAAGAAGACUGAAAAAGAGGAGAAACAGUCAGACACCCCGACAGACAAGCAGUCACCACCCAAAAGACACAGACCCAUCACAUUCGACAACGGCCAUGAAAAAUCAUCACCACAAAAACGUGCCCGGAGCGGAGAACGAAACCAAAAGAUGUACACCCCGCCCUCCGGCAAGUACAGCUCGAGACUCAACUCUGGCCGCUACCAGGGACCGGCUCGCGGCCGCGGCGGCUACCGGCGCGACUUCCGGAACAGUGGCGCGCCCUUCCGGAGGCGCAGCAAUUACUAAACACCGAAUACUAAAGUGUGGGAGAGUGACAGUUUAUGCAACCCACCACUAUUAAAAAACAAUGAGAAAUAUUAAUAAAAAUUUGAAAACAGGCAGCGACAUAUAACUGACGAUUUUGACACAUUAAAAUUGCCAAAGACUCCGUAGAGGGCUUCUACAAAAGUGAGGCGUUUGUAGUUCAUUCAUCUGUUCGUGAUUGUCUUCCUUUCUUUGUAGUAGACUUUGCAACCAGGUGACGAGUGUUGGAGCGAGCAUCCGGCCUUUUACCUUACAGGUGUUUGCGGAUCCAGCAGGUCUUUUCAGUCAUUUUCUAGCAUUGUUUCAGUACGGUGGAAAGCUGUUCCAACAUUGAGAUGGUAUGUAAUGAAAGCUCUAGCUUUCAUACUGAGAUACUGUUAAUAUUUAUCUAAAUAGGUUUCCUUGGAGAGUACCUGGAGUGGCUACUGUAUUUUAAUGUAAGUAUUAUUUCAGUUUGCACUCAUAAGCUCGUCUGCUCUGCUGGUCGUAUUCAGUAUAUGCACAGAAUCGUAAGUAAUAACAUAGUUUCAUUAAUAUUUUCAUCAGUUGGAAUUUUACUCAAUUUCUGUAAAAAAUAAGUAUUUAUGUAAUUUGAGCUUAUGUUUGAGGAACAUAUGCAGUAAUUUAGUUUUGUAAUGUAACUAUAAUUCAAUGUGUCCAUACAACAUUGAUGAUAAGUGGCCUAUCACACACUGAUUAAGACACUGAUUAAGUGUACAGCUAAGCUAUUGAUAAAUUGAUUAUAUUUAAUUAAAUAUAAUAAAAUAUGA